AUGUUUGGUGGAUAUCCUCUUUACGGAAAUCAAAGCAGUUUCGGAGGUUACAAUGGAACUAUGGGUGGUUCAGGUCUUGGUGGGAGCUUCGGAAAUCCAGGUUACACUGCUUUCAGUAGUCCAAACUACUUUAGCUUUAAUACUCCUCGUUAUGAUGGUCUCAGUGCCUCAAGUUAUGGUGGUCUUGGUGCUUCAGGUUAUGGUGGGUUUGACGCUCUUGGAGGUUAUGGACGUACCUUCAGUUCACCAUAUGGGUAUGGUUCUUAUUGA